AACGGACGGAGGCGGUGUUAGAGAAUUGGGGGGCCGCGAGGCCCCCGGGAUGGAGGUGGCGGUGGCAGCCCUGGGCCUGCGUCGCAGCCGACGGCGGCGGAGAGAUUAACUUCAGUCUGGCAGCUGGAACACCUUUAAAGUUACAGUGAUGCUGGGAGAGAUUCCUGAACAGAAGGAGGUGAGUGUUGUGCCUGCUGAACCUCUUCAGACCCGCUAGCCAUGCCAGGGAUUGUAGUGUUCCGCCGUCGCUGGUCCGUAGGCAGUGAUGACCUUGUUUUGCCAGCCAUCUUCCUUUUCCUACUUCAUACCACCUGGUUUGUGAUCCUCUCUGUGGUGCUCUUUGGGCUGGUGUACAACCCUAACGAGACCUGCUCACUUAACCUGGUGGACCACGGCAGAGGCUACCUGGGCAUCCUGCUCAGCUGUAUGAUUGCAGAGGUGGCAAUCAUCUGGCUCAGCAUGCGAGGCAGUAUCCUGUACACAGAGCCCCGGGACUCGAUGCAGUAUGUGCUUUAUGUCAGACUAGCUAUCUUGGUGAUCGAGUUUGUGUAUGCUAUUGUGGGCAUCAUUUGGCUAACACAGUACUACACUUCAUGCAAUGAUAUCACUGCGAAGAGUGUCACUUUAGGAAUGGUAGUGUGCAACUGGGUUGUCAUCCUGAGUGUCUGCAUCACUGUCCUGUGCGUCUUUGACCCAACAGGGCGGACCUUUGUCAAGCUGCGUGCUACAAAGCGGAGACAGCGCAACCUCAGGACAUACAACCUGCGGCAUCGCCUGGAAGAAGGGCAAGCCAGCAGUUGGACACGCCGACUCAAAGUUUUUCUUUGCUGCACACGAACAAAAGAUUCCCAGUCGGAUGCCUACUCUGAAAUCGCCUACCUUUUUGCUGAGUUUUUCCGAGACCUUGACAUCGUCCCAUCUGACAUCAUUGCAGGCUUGGUUCUUCUGCGCCAACGGCAGCGAGCAAAACGCAAUGCUGUGCUGGAUGAGGCAAACAAUGACAUUUUAGCUUUUCUGUCUGGGAUGCCAGUGACCAGGAAUACAAAGUAUCUGGACCUGAAAAAUGCGCAAGAGAUGCAGCGAUAUAAAGAAGUGUGUUACUACAUGCUGUUUGCCCUGGCUGCCUAUGGCUGGCCCAUGUACCUGAUGAGGAAACCCACAUGUGGACUCUGUCGCCUCGCCAGAUCCUGCUCAUGUUGCUGUCUCUGUCCCUCACGUCCCCGCUAUGCACCUAGUGUCACCAUUGAGGAAGAUAACUGCUGUGGCUGCAAUGCCAUUGCCAUCCGGCGGCACUUUCUGGAUGAGAAUAUGACCUCAGUGGACAUUGUUUACACUUCUUGUCAUGAUGCGGUUUAUGAAACUCCUUUCUAUGUUGCUGUGGACCAUGAUAAGAAGAAGGUGGUCAUCAGUAUCCGAGGAACUCUGUCUCCAAAAGAUGCCUUGACUGACCUAACUGGAGAUGCAGAACGCCUUCCAGUUGAGGGUCACCAUGGAACGUGGCUGGGACACAAAGGAAUGGUGCUAUCUGCUGAGUACAUCAAGAAGAAAUUGGAACAAGAGAUGGUUCUUUCUCAAGCCUUUGGACGAGACCUGGGCAGAGGGACAAAACACUAUGGCCUGAUUGUGGUUGGUCAUUCCCUAGGGGCUGGCACAGCUGCCAUCCUGUCCUUCCUCUUGCGUCCACAGUAUCCGUCACUGAAGUGCUUUGCAUAUUCUCCCCCAGGUGGACUGCUGAGUGAGGAUGCCAUGGAGUAUUCAAAAGAGUUUGUGACUGCAGUCGUGCUUGGCAAAGAUCUAGUGCCCAGGAUUGGUCUCUCACAGCUAGAGGGGUUUCGCCGGCAACUUCUUGAUGUUCUUCAGAGGAGCAACAAGCCAAAGUGGCGAAUCAUUGUAGGUGCUACAAAGUGCAUACCGAAGUCAGAGCUCCCUGAAGAGACAGAAGAAAAUUCAGUAACCAGUAAUCGCCUGUGGACCCAUCCUAGUGAUCUAACUAUUGCCCUGUCUGCAAGCACACCCCUCUACCCACCUGGCCGCAUCAUCCAUGUGGUACACAAUCAUCCUGCAGAGCAGUGCUGUUGCUGUGAGCAAGAGGAUCCCACUUACUUUGCUAUCUGGGGUGACAACAAAGCAUUUAAUGAAGUGAUCAUCUCACCAGCAAUGUUGCAUGAACACUUGCCAUAUGUGGUCAUGGAAGGGCUCAACAAGGUCCUGGAGAACUACAACAAGGGAAAAACAGCUUUACUUUCUGCAGCCAAAGUAAUGGUGAGUCCUACAGAAGUGGAUCUAACCCCAGAGUUAAUCUUCCAGAGUCAGCCCUUGCCUAGUGGACCCUCAGUACAGAUUGGAACUGGAGCCAUAGCAGUGGACAGAAGGAACAGCAGUAUUAAGAGCAAGUCUCAUUCUGAAAUUAGCUUGGAGGGAUUUUAUGAGACAAAGGCAGUUUCUCCUGUGCAGAAAGACCCUGUGGAACUUCUCCUCCUAGAUACAAAGGAACGGCUGUCUGUGGAGCUCCAGGACCGUCGUGCCCCUCUAGCAACCAUGGAGAGCCUCUCUGAUAAUGAAUCCAUCUACAGCUUUGACUCAAGGCGCUCCUCUGGUUUUCGAAGCAUCCGGGGCUCCCCUAGCCUCCAUGCUGUCAUGGAGAAGGAUGAGACACACUGCUUUUAUAUAGACCCUGUUAUCCCUGAGGAGAACCCCUCCCUCAGCUCACGGACAGAGCUGCUGGCUGCUGAUAGCCUUUCCAAGCACUCCCAGGAGACUCAGGCCCCAGACACUGUUCUCAACAGUGGUGGUACUACCCCCCAGCGACGCUUCAGUAAGGAGGGGGCCAGCAGUGAGGGAGACCAAGUUUCUUUAUCCCCUCAUGAGGAGCUGUCCCUCCAGAAUGGACGACUCACCGAUGUUCCCAGUCCCCAAGUACUGGAGUUUGCUGAGUUCAUAGACAGCCUCUUUAAUUUGGAUAGCAAAAGCAGCUCCUUCCAGGACAUCUACUGCGUGAUGGUGUCAGACAGCUCCAGUGACUUUGCAGAGAUGCCCAAGUCUGUCAGUGAUCAGGAGAUCCUGUUAAGGGCCCAAUAUGAACCCAACUUAGUCCCAAAGCCCCCAAGGUUGUUUGCAGGCUCAACAGAUCCUUCGUCGGGCAUCUCUGUCUCACCUUCCUUCCCCCUUAGUUCAUCCGGAGAACUCAUGGACAUCACUCCCACAGGUGUGAGCAGCCAGGAGUGCUUGGCCCCUGACAAAAUCCGGACUUCCACCCCCUCUGGGCAUGUAACCAGCCCUGCCAAGCAGGAGGACCUCAUGAUUUCUGCUCUCUAGGGCAGGGGUAAAUGGGUGCGGCUCUGCGAGCUGAUCCCAUAGGCUGAGUGCUGGGAUAAUACUUGGAAGCGUUGGUCAUUGGGCAGUUCAGGUCAGAGGAGACACCUGGAAACAUUCCUUCUGGGGUGCCACAAUGGCAGCACAGUGGUGUCUGGAGGACGGAUUGUGCUCGGGACCCGUGCUUUUAUUUGAGAGAAGAAGCAUUACCUCACAAUGCCUGCUACACUAAGAGGGUCUGAGUCACUAGAGGUAGAUGCAAGUUCCCUACCUUAGCCUGUCUGGUUUCUAUUAAGGGGCAGAUUCCUUGCCCCAGGGUACUUGCUGAGGUGUGGGAGUGAAAUAUUCUGCUUCAGGGAAUCCUUCGAGGUGAAGGAGUGGAUUCUCUGAAGUUUGAAAGUUGUAUGAACGGAAGCAAAGGGACCAGAUCACCUCCCUAGUACUAUUUUCAAUGGUUUUGGAAAUAAGCGGAUUGAAACUUUGGGCCCUGUUGCACUAACAUGUUGGAUCUGGCCCAAGAUCCAAUUCGUCAUACUUCCAUGGGGAUCGUUUUUGUAGGACACUCUCCCAUUUUAAAGCCAUUGGGACUGUAUUCUCCCUAAAUGCAGUCUCCCCUUCCCUGGCCAGGCACAGCAAGAAUCAGGCAGUCACUGUGUUUUCACUCCCCUGAGUAUAUCUGUGUUCAGUGACCACCAGGCUGCUUUUGAGAGGAAAGGAAACUGUUCUGGAGAGCCAAAGCCCUUUGCCACGUUUCUUCCUUUGCCAGAAGGAGUUUUCCUGGAUGUCGCCAUCGUCACUUACAGAUCCCUGGACCACUCUGAGCUGGCAACGUUCCCGCAGGACUGACAAGAUUCUCAUCUCAGAGCUGCAUGGAAGGAUCAACUUCAACAUUUAGAAGGCUCAUCUGCACCCAGCAUUACUUGCCAGGCCCCUGUGGAGCCUAGGAGCCUCUGCUGGAUCCUGCUGGGUCCUAACACCGCCAGUAUGUAGUAAUCACAGAUCAGAGCCAGCCUCUGUCAUUGAGAGUUCAGGGAAAAAAUGAACUCUUACUAAGUAUUGAAAUCUCCUGUAUGUUUACAGAGCUGCUAAGCUUUUUGGAAGGUAUUUAUUAAGCACACAGGAAAGCUUUCCCUAAGCGAGAAGCAUGUUCAUUCUCUCCUUCCUGUAACAUUCCCUCUGGGGAUAUAGGAGGGAGAGAAUGGGCAGACUUUGGUACAAUUGCAAGUCUCCUGUUUUUAAAGUGCGGGUAGGAUGAUAGGAGAACCCCUUGGAUCUAAGCCUAGGGGAAACUGCAUGCAUCCCUCACCCAGUCUCCUUCUCUGCCUCCCCAUUGCAUGACAACACAUUACAUACCCCAGUCAUGUCACUGGUAAAACUAUGUGAGCACUGCUGUGCAGAGCCUCAAUGUCCAGAGUAGCCAAAUAGAGCUGUAAUAUGGCAGAAAUUUUCUGACCAUGGAGGCAGGAGAGAAGCUACCUAUCUAGAAAGUUAAACAUACUAUGACCUGCACAAAUUCUUUAACUGACAAAAUACACUCAAAGCUUGGCAGAAUCACCAAUCAGUCUUAUGGGAGCUCUGACCUCUCUCACUGGAAAAGAAAUUCCCAAUUAACUUCCUUAUUGUACCCAUGUUGUUGUCCUCCUCUCUCCUCCUUUACUGUGGUAUUUCUGUUGUGGGAGAAUACUGUGCUUCCCAUGAGCUUAGUCCAACUGUUCAUGAGUACUACCUGGGAUCUUGUUAUCUGUAGCCUCUAGCUGUGUUCAUCAAGUAGUAGCUAGAAGCCCUGGCCAUGGAUCUGGACUCUGAUGUCCUGGGUGCUGUACAAACAAAGCAAGAGUGGUAUCAAGCACUAUUGCAUCAGAACAGUAGCACUUUAUGUCCAUUGUUUAUUGAUGUAAAUGACUUCAGCAGGUGCACAGAAAUGCUGAACUGGACUUUGUGUCCAAGUGCUAAAGUCCCUUAUAACAAUUCAAUAUAAGACACUGUAUCUUCUACUCCUUACAAAUCACAGGGCCUCUAGAAGUGCAGCGGCUUUGUCAAAUAGGCGGUCAAAUAUUGUCAAAAAGACAGUAAAAUACUGUCCCAGUGGUUUACAUUCAAAAUGUGAUCUCUUCUAACUUCUUGAAGGGAAUAAGCCUUUCUGGAUUCUAAGUACUUUGUACAAGAAAAAGCAUUUCCUUCCGAGCAACAAAAAGUUACUUCUUCUUUUUUUGUAGAUCCUUCAGAAAAGAGCAGAGUGUUGUAUUCCCCUUGCUGAGAACUUCAGUAGUUCAGGAAUUCAUACAGAAGAGCUGUGUAAGUGUCAUCAGAUCAUCCACUAUUGCAGACGCGGGUAAAGGUGAAUUGCUGCAGAUACCCAAAAUUAAAAAGGUGAUGUCCAGGAAUGCUGGACGAUAAGCUGAAUAGUUAUGAGGGAGAAAGGGUCAUUUGGAGAUGGAGACUGAUACUAGUAGGCUAGCUUACCUCCUGAUGCAAGCUGCUUGACAUUUUGGUAGAGUGAGGAAAAGGAGUUAAUUUCUGCCUUUAAACGUUGGCAGAAGGUGGGUAGUAAUAACUUAGCACUUAGGUGGAGUUUUAUAUCUGCAAAGCACUUUACAAACAUUAAUGAAAGAAGUGUCUCAAUUCCUGGCAGUUAGUAAUGAGGAGAUGGCUUUCUCUGAGACUAGGUCGAACUGCUGGUGCCCUACACAAGGGAGGUAGAAGUUGACUCAAAGCAAGGAAGGUAGAUUCCUCCCUGUUAGAAAAGAGUUAUUGUUUCAGUAGUGACCUGAUUAAGUUUAACAGAUUGCACUAUUGCACUAGAAAGUCAUUUCUAAUCUGGGUGUAACUCCAUUAUUUCUUGGCAUACAUGAUCAUGUGCAUGACUGUUUCCUUUCUCUGUGCCAUUGGAACUGUAUCGUGGGGGAAUGUGGCUACCUUGCCCUGACCAGCUGUAUCAGAAACAGCCUGGCAUGCUGCAAUUUUGCUUUGUUUGUGUUCUGUGCUUAUUAGGCUUCUUCUGAAAAGCCUGGAAAUACCUCCUGCUUGUGACCUAGCUCACCAUAGGCCAAGGCAGUGAAGGUGCAAAACAGCCUGUUUAGUUAAGGUUCUUAUUGCAACACAUUAUUGGUAAUCGCCGUUUUCCACUGUUUUCUCCUGACAAACAGAUCUGUUCCCAGUUGCUGACCCUCACAAAGUAAAUCUAUGUUCUCUGCAUUUUUGCUUUAAAUGUCUUUCUGUAUGUCUUCAUUCUCAUAAUUUCUGUGCUGUAGGAGCAUUUGCACAGGCUGAUGUUGUAUUCCAUCUUGGAAGAGCAUAUUUGAAAAGUUAAAAAUAAAUACUAAGACUGUAGUUACCUUCUUCAUUCAUACUGCAUACUACUGCCUACUUUCUCUGCCUUCUUCUACUCUGAUGUGUAGCUGUCUUUGUUAAACGAAGCUUCUUCAGGUUUCUUAACCGCUUGGCUGCUGGUUUCUAUUCUCAGGCUGUUAUGCAGCCACUUUGUACAUCUUAAUGUUUAGAUAUUCCCUUAAUAUUUCAGUGAGACAUUACACCCCAUAGGGGCAGUACUAGAAGUGUUACUUGUGGUGCCUGACACACUGGACCUCAGCUAAGCAACCAACAGUUCUUUGGCAUAUCCUUAAAUAGCAAUUUGGAGCUACUGGAUAAAGGAGUAGAACUGAGGCCAUCCAGUUCCUGGAGGACAGAAAAUGGACUUUGUGCACCCUAAAAUUAAAGCAUAGUCAGUGAAACCCUGUACACUGAUGCAGCUUUAUCAAAAACUCUAGCAAGGUUUUCUCUGUUCUUUCCAUAGCCCUUCAGGUACACAAGUUUCAUUUAACUGUGUAAGGAUGGGAUGUUGUCAUCUCAUGUUAUUGGAGACAUUCUCAGCAGACUGUAGUGGAAUGUAAUCCUGAAGCCUUGAAACAUUUGGGGCAAUGUGGGAGGCCCUUAACUAGGUGCAUGUUUAACUACAUCCAUCAGCUUAGUGAGGAAGAGCCUCUGACCUUUUCUCAAACACCCUCGCAAGAUAUGAUGGAUUUGAUGUUGCUCUGUUCUUCACAUCUAUAGCCUGCACGCUAAAUAUUUUAAGUAUGUCCAAAGUGGAAGAAAAUAUUCCCAUUGAUAAUAUUCUGAUAUUGAGCCCUGAGCAUGUAGUGCUGGCUAACUUUAUUUUUGAUAGCUCUUCUACCUCAGUAAUGCUGCUUUUAUUGUUUUAAUUGCAGCAGUGCCAAGCACAUAGAGAGGAUCCUGCUGUGCUGUGUGUACAAAUACAGAACAGAAAGACAUCUCUUCUCCAACACUUAAUGUUCUUCCCUCUCCUCUGUGGAGCUGUCCUAUCUGUUUGGAAAUGCAUUUUCUUCUGAAGUUAUGACUCUUUGAUCUUUCUUUAUUUCUCUAAUCUCUAUUCCUGUCAUGUAAUCAGGAGCUACCUUAUCUCUCUUCUUGGUUACUCCAUCUCAGGAUGAUGGUGUCUCAGUCUACAUCCUUGGUAGCCCCACUGACACAGUUACUCCCCAUGUUCUCAUAAUGUUUCAAAACACAGUGGAAUGGGAUUCCUGUCAUUGUCUGUCUUCCCUAAAUUUGUGUCUUGAUUCACUUGAGAGCUGCUGCUUUCAGUGGCAGAUAAGGAUGUGUAGAAAGGUCAUAGAGUUGUUAGCACUGAAAGGUUCUUAGAUGUGAGUGUAAUAUCUCUAGCUUUUGCUUCUCGUGUUUCUGGUCUAUAUUUUCCAUAUUUAUUCACAGCUUCUACAAUUUUUUAAAAGAACUUUAUUCAGAGGUGAACAGGAGUUAUAUGAGAUAUUUUGCUCUGUACAGAGGACUGAUAUGGCAAAGCUAGUUGUGAAUGUAAAUAUGAAAAUCCACUGACUCUCAUUUCUGUGCUUUUGGGAUAUUAAAUAUGUUGUUUUAGAUUACACUAACAGCUGAAGGUUCCAAACAGGAAUGGGAUUUAAAGAGGAACUAGGUGUUGCUGUCAAUGAACAAAGGAAGAUGAGAAGGAAGAAAAUCCACUUGGAUGAAAUCCUGUCUAACAUGCUGUAGAUGACCCUUCUUGUGCAGGGAGGUUGGACUAGAUGAUCUCCACAAGUCCCUUCCAACCUUACCGAUUCUGUGAUUUAGUGAGCAAUGGGGGGAUGCACAUUCAGUAUAUGCUCUUUAGAACUUCUGCUGCGAGAGCUGACUUAUUGCCCUACCUUGGCCAGUGUAUCCUGUCUCUGCCAAAGGAAACAGUGUAGGGGGGAUCUGUGACAAGCCCAGCAAACUGAAUGGAUGUAGGAUUACUUCUUCGGAUAUCAUCUCCAAAUAAGUUUCACCCCGCCCCUUCAGUUUCACUGUGUUUGUAAGGAGGAGCUAAUUAAGAGGGGUGUUAAACCUUCUCUUUGCCUUCAGUGAUUUUGUUUCUUUAUUGAGUCUUUCUGAUUUGUCCCUGCUCUAGAUGCAUUUUGUCCCACUCUGUGUGAAGUUUUUCUGUAGUUUUGUCUGUUGCUACUUCCCAUUUUUAAAUUCAUUUUAAUUCUUGAUGUGUUCUGCUUUCAGACUGGGUAUUGAGCUCUAUACAUGUUUGUGAGCAUCUUGUUGAUUUAUAAAAUGGCCUCUGGUAAUAUAUUCUUUGUGCAUUUGGUUGUUUUCUCUAUGUUUUUUUUAUCUGCAGGUUGGCAAAGACCAGUAUUUUCAUUGAACUGCCCACACAGCUACCCAGUUUAAUUUAGAGCUCAGGGCAUAUGAGUGAUAAGAAUUAUUCCUUGCAGCGGCCAUGUGUUGAUCAUUGCUGAAAUAUAUUUGUUGGUGUGUUUGCAAUUUGCCUUUUGCAGCUAUAGCCCUUCAGAGAAGCUUGAAAGUAGCUUCAGGCUUAGUCAAAAAUAUGUUUUUGUCAUCUGCCAGUGUACUGACAACCUUAUACUUGUUCCCUUUCCUAGGAUCUCUCUCACAUCUAUCUGGGAGCAAAACAGAAUAUGUAUUACCUUACCUAUGCAAAAUGUACCUGGUUUCCUCUGCAAGUUUUACAAGCUGAGUGGAUGUGUUUCUAGAUAUUGUGAAAUUCACUGAGGUGUCUUAAAAUUUAAUUGUUCAGUCACAAGCUACCUCCCUGUUUCUGCUGGUGAAUAGAUGUCAUAUGCUCAUAUGCAUACAUAAAUACUGCAUAUACUUAUAAGUGCUGCCUGCUAUAUCUAAAUCCCAACAUGACCAUGACACUGGAAGGCAUUCCAGCCUACCCCGUUUAAUUUUCAUGAUCAACAGAAGCACUUCUGUAUCUACCUUGAGAAUCAGCUGGCCUGGAGAUCUGCUAGAUACCGAGUGUUCACUGUGUGAUUAUGCGUACCCACGGCUUGGAUAUUCUCCUCUCUUUGCAGUAUGAGAACAUUCUGCCUGCAGCAGCUUUUCUCAGUUUGCAGCAAGGUUACCAGCAGCAUUUGAUCUCUCUUUUUUUAGGCAAGAUGGUUGUAACUACUGCCUGCAGGACACAUUAAACCACAUAGGCCAGUAAUUUGCUGAUAAAGUGGCUUAUAAGUCUUUAAAUGCAAUGCAGAAAUACUGGCAGUAUUUAAAGUAACCUUUAGCCCUCAACAAGCCUAGCAGCUUUGCUGUUUGCUUGAAAGCUCCUUCAGCUUUUUUUGAAUCUGUGGUAUUACAUUUACAUCUUUCUGCUCAGACAAGUGAAAUCUGAGAUCCUUUUUGCUGAAGAUCCUUCUAUGCUGUCAUAUGUUUGUUAUCCUGUCUUGUGUUGAAGUUACCCCAACUGAAGCUGGAUUUUUGCUGAAAGCUGUUAUGUAAUUAUGCUGCUGCCAGCACAACUCUCACAGAGCUGUGAUACUCGCUUUCUAUUCGGAGAAGCAUAGGGUGAGUAAAUAUUUGUUGGCUAAAUGCUACCUUGUUAGAGUUCUGUAGCAACAGAAGCAAUGAGUUACAAAAGUAAAGGGAAGUGUAAGGAAAAUGGAUCAAAUAUCUAACAUAUUGAACCUGAAAGCUCAAUGUGAAAUCCCAAGAUAGACUUAACAGGAAUGGCUGUUGUUGCUAUUAGCUUUGGGCAACAGUGCACAAAAUAGAAAAGGACACAUGCAGUCUAAAACUCCUGUCAGGUCCUUUUCUUAACAGAUGAAAUGUCAGCUUCUUUCCUGCUUGCAGUGUACAUGGUGCCUCUUUAACCUGCUUAAAGAAACGGAAGGUUGGAAAUUAAGCAGUUGUUUUGCACAGACUGCUCUGCUGGAUUCUCUGAGAGAACUUACUGCUUUGAAGCAUUUGAAAGCACUGGUUCACUUGGUCUUGUUGCACAUCCUUAUCAGAGGCUGUUCAGUACUGAGCUGCAAAGCUGAAUUUAGGGAAGAACUACAUCUCUUGUGCAAGAGUUCCCUUCCAUGGUGCUCCCUCAUGGAUGAUGCUGUCUUUCAUGUUGCAGGCAGGGAGUGCAUCCUGCUGGGAGGCAAACACUGCCCUUAGCAGAAGGGAGGGUGAGAGAGAGGCUGGAACUGAGACAUAUGACUUAGUUUGGGAGUUCAUUGCUUUCCAGUAAAGUAGUCAUACAGCUAAUAUGGGUGGAGAAGUAUGAGAGGUGUAGGUGAAAUGGGUUGUAUGAAUAUUAAUUGAUGUCCUUCUCCUCCUUGCCAACUCCUGAAUGGGCUCUAUUCCCUUCAAGUGAGAAGCCAGUGCCCCUUGUAGUGAGUUGUUGCAGGUCAGAUGGCAUGGAUCAGCACCUGGGGCCUGCAGUUUGUUUGCUUUUGUUUUACAUUCCAUCCCUGAGAGUCAGGGCCUUCUUCACUGCCAAUUGGGUAGGUGGGUGGGUAUCGUAUCUGUGGUGGAUAGAGCUGGAAACCUAAACCUUGCUAAUUUGUAAACUCUGUGUCAUUAGAACUGAGAAAUAUUUUAGGAAGGAAAUCCUUUAUUGUGUAACAAUAACCCAUCGUGUGGAGGGUGGUAUGUUCUGCAUGGCGGCAAAACUGUUGGCUUCCAUUGCAAACUACCAAGCUUCUGUUGCACUUUCUUCUUCACCAUCUCCACACUGUAUCUACACCCUGUGCUUCUGUUAGAGCUGUUACACCCUGUGCUCUGUGCAGGAGAAUGUUGCCAUUCUAAACUCUGGCUAUUAGUGGACAUACACACUUAAAAUUUGAAACUGUCAGAGAGCAGUUCCUCAUUGUGUCGUAGAAGUGACAGCCCUAAACGACAAGAGGAAGUGUAUGCACUUACCUUCAAGGACUUCACUGCCUCCAUUAUUGAUAUAUGUUUUUGCUUAUUUUCUUGAGUUCAUACGUGUUGUGCCUUUGUUUUCCAUUGGCUUGAGGUACAAACCUUCUGCUUGGGAUCAUACAGCUACUAGCUUCCUUUCCAACUUCUACACAUUUUUUUUCCUCUGGAAUGUGGAUGCAAGGAGAUGAGGUUUGGCCAAGGACUGAUUCAGAGUUGUUCUUACUGUCGAUACCUCUUUUUCUACCUCGGUUAGGCUUUGCAAGAUUUCCCCACUAUCUCCUGCCACUUCAGGUUAUCUCAAAGUGCCAAUAGCAAAGUCGGACCUGAGGCAGGCUGCUUCUUCAUACUCACACCACAGUUACCCAGCCAUCCCCCUCCAAUCUUGAAUCUUGUCUUGCAAGGCAAUUUUUAUCCACAGUAGGAAAGGAAGACUCCCACCAUUUCUUACCUGUGGUGUAUGUGAUCUCAGACAAUGUUUAACAGGUUUAUUCAUGAAUAUAACUCCCUGUCUUCAAGAUCUGACCCUCUAUGUGCAAGAACUUAUGCUGAAAGGGACUUGUCAUAUUCUAAACUGUUCCCUGCAGUUUUGAUGUAAUGACAGUUCUCAGAUUGGUUCUAGGAUAGCUUCCAAACAUAAGCUCUCUUAUUAGGGAGUUGGGCAUUUUUGCUGUUGUCGUUUCUGUGUUUGAGACCCCUGCUGACUUCACCAUAUCAUCCCUUGUUCUGUUUUUCACUUGCUGAAAUAUUCUACCCAUGCUUCACAUCCAUAUGAUAAAAGGACCUCUAUUUGGUUUCUUAUUUAUUUCUGUAAAAUCAUUAAACACAGACCAGCACAAAAAUGAACCUUCAUUUUGGUUUUAUUGGGAUUCCACUGCCCUGCUUUCUGACACACGCUUUAUGCAAUUCUGAUGCCUCAGAGUCAGAAAAAUGUGAUACAUGUGGCAGUACCAAGAUGAGGAGGGAGCAAUCCAAAGCAGCAUGUACAUUGCUCAGCACUCAGACGUGUUUGGUGGCACUUGCCUGUAUGAUCUGUCCUGUCCUAACACAUUACCUUAGGGAGUGUUGUGUAUAUGAAAACGAUCUCAUCACUGUGUGUUUGAUAGACUACUACUACUCACCUCCUUGGGUCUUAGCUCCUUUAUCAGCAUAUCUACAGGUUCCACUGGCAGCCACUGUCUGGUGGGUAAGUGGCAUCGUUUGCAACUACCAAGGUUAUAGCUUCCCUGCUUUCCCUCCACAAAUACUGCAAUUGACAGCAGAGGUGACAUCCAGGGAAUAGUUCCAAGUUCCUGUCCUACUGAAACUUCAUUAAUAAUGUCAGUGCAGGGAUUACUGAUAAUGAGUUGCACCUCACCAUCUGCAUGCAUGGGGCAGCAGGAGAGGAGCACUCUGUACUAUAAGACCUUUUCCUUUAGCUCAGCUGUCUGCUGCUAUGUCUUUCCAUGACAGCCCCCAGUCUGGUCUCUUCUCCUAGAUGGCUGUUCAUAAGCAGAGACAGUAAGACUGGAAAAACUGGGCAGAAGCUACUUUUCUCUCAUUUUUUGGUGUUCCUUAGUGCCAGCUCUGUUGGGUGGAACCCAGCUCAAUGACCUCCAUGCUGUAAGAGUCACGGCUAUAUUUUGAUGGGGGGCUCUACCAGGCAAUGCGAUAGAAUAGCUUCUUUGCCUUCCACACCUCUGUAAGGGACAACACCAAUGCCUCUAUAGAAAAAAAACCUUUUGCUGGCUUCUGUAACCUAUCUCGCAUCACAUGCUGGGGCAACUCACACUACAAUAGCUAUGAAAUUAACUCUUUCAGCCCAACUGUCUCUUUAUAGCUAAAGUCUUUUGCAUUUAUGGGAAUAAAUAAUUCUUCUAGGGAGCUCUGAGCUGCUCUGGGUGCCUCUCACCGUGUGCAAUCAGUGGGGAAAGAACGCAGGAGCCUCUGUCCCCAUGCUCAAGGUCACUGCCCUUUCCAGGAAUGCUGCCCUCUGGAUCCCUGCUCUGAGCUGCCCCAGCAUGAAGACUACAAGGAAGCUCAAGCACCCUUCGUGUGCCAUUCUCAUGUGACUUUUUGUACCUAUAUGUGAAAGAGCUAAACUAAUAUUGCUAUAAAGAAAGAUGCAGAUUAAUAUAGCAUAUUCUAUAAAGAUAUAUGUAUAUAAAAUACAUGUAUAUAAAAAUUUCUGUAUAUUGUAUGGCACUGUGUAUAAAAUGAAUGUAGAAGCA